AUGUUCAGACCAGACAGGGGAUCGCAAAUUCCCGAAUACUCGAGUCAUACGACGAGUGUACUUUCGCAUCAACAGAGCCCAGUCUCCACCAUCUCGAGCUUCUCCCAUCCGGCCGAAAUGCCUGACGACAACAUAAAUCUGGUCAUCUCGAUUGACCAUCCUGCCCCGGACUACAACAGUCUGGCCGGAAAGUACACAUUCCCCUACGCCAACUUGGCCUCUUCCGGCUAUCCCUCAGCGACGUCUCGACAACCAACUCAUGAUCCGACGGGAUCAGCCAAUCAGCGCACAGGUCUUUGGGUCACAGGGCCAGCUGAUUGGCUCUUCCCUUCGACCAAUCCGACGUCAGGACGAGUCGACCAAUCCGAUUCGCACAGACAAGACACUACUCACUACUCACAACGAAAUGACACCAGUAGACGGCAAUCCCAUCAUUUGAGUCGAGCGCCGAUGGUAGAUGUUGGAUUGCCACGUCCUUCUGUUGGUCGUUUACUGUCGUCAACCUGUCCUCCUGACGCCUACGCAUUCAUGUCCUCCGCGCCGGUUGACAACACCAGCAUCAAUGCCAUGACAACAAGGCCCAGCCUUAGAGACUGUCAUGCUGAUCAUCUGAUCAAUGUGCCGUCUGAAAGCGGUGCAGCCGGGCUUGAGUCAGCGGGUGGUCUGUCACUAAGACACUCGGCCUAUUCCCCUUCUGGCAUGGCGGGCAGUUAUGCUGCCCAGUGGGCGGCGGGCGGAGCCGUGCCAGGACAACGCUUGACGACAGGGCCGUUGGUUCGAGCCCAACUGGUCGAGUCGCCGGAAGUGAAUGAAGUGGAGGAAUCGGAGAGAUCGGGCCGCUGGAAACCGUUGCAGACCGGUUUACCAACCACUCUGCCAUCGAAGCAACCGGUACCAUGGACGUCAACUUCACUAUCUUCUUCGUCGCGAGGAGAGUCGGUCCGGUUGCCAAGCCUACGCUAUCCUUACACGAUGAACGCCACAGCAGUAUCCAACGAGCCGUGCCAGCCACAAGUGACCAGUACAACCUCAUCUGCCUCUUCUGUGGCAGCAAAGUUGUCCCCUUUCUAUAGCGCCAAUUGUGGCCAGCACAGCAACAGCGCCCAGGUUUCGAGUGUCAACGAGGCCCGCAAUUCAUGCGGUCUCGGCGAACCGGGCAAGCUGACAAGUCUACGGGGCCUUUAUUGGAACUCGGCCAAUUCUGCCAGAGGAAAAGACAACUCAGGCAGUGGAGGAGAUGCCAACAACUGUCGCGGCACAAUCGUCAACGCGUCGAAUCCCAGCAACUCGUCUGGAAUGGCAGCACAUCCCUUGACUGGCAUGCAUGCUCCAUCGGCAUUCUCAACGGUUCAGGCUACACCUUUGCCCGUUUUCUCCGCCAGUUAUGAACGUGGACAAACGGCAGCACGAAUAUACAGUUUGGGCGUACCAAUUGAACCUUCAGCAUCGAAUCCGGCUGCCAAGGGUCGAGCUUCCAGUUCGGGCCGACAGCCAAUUCGUGUGGAAGAUGUUUCUGGUGGUGCAAUAAAAGCAUAG